CUCUCUCUCUCUCUCUCUCUCUCUCUCUCUUCGUCUGCACCGCCGUCGAAGAGGAAGGCGGGAAUACAGCAGAGGCGGCGAUUAUGGCGGCCGACGGAGACGCGGUGAAGCUGAGCAUAUACAGAGCGGCGAGGACCAUCAAGAGGAGGGACAACAGUCUCCACAACGCCCUUAGAUCAAUCUACGAGGACUCCAUCUUCGUCGGCGAGAUAUCUCAGCUGUGGCCGGAUCUCCCGCUGCUUGCGAACCUCCGCUGCGGGCUAUGGUACUCCCGCCAGUUCCACGGGACGUGCUACUUCAAGUCCACCGACGGCCACAACAAUAACUGGUCCUUCAACACCUCCCGCCUCAAUCUCCAUGUCGCACAACUUGCCCUACAGAAGGGAGGGUGUAUAAUCGUCGAUUCAACUCGGAAAGGGAAGAGAUUUCCCGACAGCAUGUCGAAGACGAUACCCAUAUGGACGUGUGUCCUGAAUCGCUGUAUCGCCCGAUAUAGGAGUAAAAUAAGAGAUAACAGCUUGACAAUUGAUGAGAAAUUGGGUAAUUCCACUCAAUGCAAAGAAAACGUCGCAGAAAACUCUCUCAAUUGGGACUGUUCCUUGCACCUUCCCCUGUGGGUUUCCGAUGUUGAACGGGCAUCCAUUGAAGAUCGGUUAGAAACUUGGACUGAUGAGCUAGAAGCCAUUGGAGCGGAUAUUCCCUCUAUUGUCUCCUUAAAGAAACCAUUACGUCCUUUAUGGGUUUCACAAAAGACUGUCAUUUGGCUCAAUGAAGUCCCAGAUCACGGCUCUUGGGAUUUUACGCCAAUUAUACUUCUCUCCGCUUCUCGUUCAACUGGGCCAGUGCAACAGGCAACCACCUCUGAGUUUAGCUGGAGCUACAUUGCUGGGGCAGGAGAUGAUGAGGAGAGCUGGGCCAGGGGUCUCUCGCCAUCUCUCUUCUGGGCCCAUGCAUAUGAACUCAUAAAUGCAGGACCCGACUCGUGUAAUCAGAAGGUGGCAGAUAUAGUCGAGAGGGAUCGAGUGUGCCGUGCUCACAGGGGACUUGUUGCUCCACAAGUCAUACUCAAUGGUCCCACAUUGAAAGGAAGCACAGAUGAACUAAAUUGUGCAGAGUUGUUGUCUGUUUCUGAAAUGGUCAAUGAUGAAAAUCGCUCGGUCACUUGGUUGGCUUCAACGAACAUUGCAGUGGGUUCAAUAUCACUCGCUGCAAAAGCUUCCAAUGUUGACUGCGUGCUCAAUUGUGCUCAAGAGUCCAUUUCUGUUAGUUUACGUAGUGCUGAGCUGUACUUGCAUCUUCCAAUUCAGAACUCGAAGUUUGAUCGCUUCUCCUUAUUAAACAAUCUUCCAUCUGCAGUAAACUUUGCGAGAUUUAAUCUUAGCAAAGGGAGGACAGUUUUUGUUUGUUGCCAAGAUGGGGAAGAUAUUAGCGUAUGUGUCUGCCUUGCUAUCUUGAUUUCAUUAUUCACUGAUGAAGGUACAUGCCUCUCUCAGAUUUGUUGGUUGAACAUUAAGGAACUUACGAUGAAGGAAGAACAUUAGAUGAGAGAUCCAUCACGAAAUGGGAGAUGCGACGGAGGCUUGUAUUUAUCUGUAAAUAUGCGGCUUUCGCCCGUCCUUCAAGAGGAAAUCUCAAACAGGUGUUUGCCUUCUUAAGUGGGGGAAGACCAGGUUCUAACUGAUCGAAGCCAAACUUCCUUUCUUUUUUUCCUUUGGUAGUUAAGGAAAUUUUCAUUGCUAAUCAUAAUUGCUUGCUUUCAACCAAAUCUUGCCUUGAUGACUUGUAAAAGAUAAGAAGAAUGAACAUCUAAUUUAGUGUAUAGUACGAAGAAUUUUGUCAAAACUCAAGUUUCACUGAAAGAGGAGAUAGUCUAGAGAAGAACAAUCUUUACAUAUUCAUAAUUGAGCUAGUAUGGCAAUACCGAUAUCUUGUGCUCCUCGCACCAAGCUGAUCCUGCCCUGGAUAGCAGGCUGUUUUGUGUGGCGUAUGGCAUUCUUAAGAUUACUUAUCCUAAUCGCAUAGCAUGGCUCGAGCUCAGCACUGGUGUAGUCCUAAGAGAGAGAUACUUUGUGAACCUUUUCAUGCAAAUGCUACAAACAUGAGAAAGUCAUCUCAGUUAUUAAUCGUUA